CCAUUUCCAGUUAAUAUGUCGUGAUGCUUUCACUCACUGCCUUCAUCGUUAUUAUUCGAGCUGGUUGUGCUUUUCUCUUCAACUCGCAGUCGGAAGGCUCGCACUGCUACGAGUUGGACCUUGAGAACUGCUUUCGGGAGGCUUUUUUGGCCGCCAUCCAUCCUCCGAUUCGAGGCCGUCGAGCAUCUCCUCUCUUUCACUCUGGCAAUGUCACUGUACUCGAUAAGCGAAAAACUGACCCAGCGAAUUUGCUGUUGUGCCAUGAUGUACGCAGAUUCUCCCUUUGCUUUCACUAUCCAGGCUGCUCAGAACAAGUGGCUGCAGCGAUAGCAUCAGUACAGUAUCACAUGGUAUUUGGCAAGAAACUUCCUCUACAUAUAUUUCUUGCAUACAAAGGAUAUGGCAGACAGAUGUGUGAGCAAACAUGCACUCGAGAUGCGACGUUGAUCUGCCGAAGAGGCAUGAACGAAGAUGAGCAACAACAGGAACAGGAUUACAUCAUGGAAGCCUCAACGAUUGCUCAAGGUUAUGAUUUUGGGAAUGAAGAGACCUGUGCUAACUUCCGCAAAGCACUCGCUAAGCUGGUCCGAUUCCGCAAUGAUUUUUGUGGGGAUCUGUCCCGCUGUACAUGUGGAGAAGCACGAUGGGAAGCCCCCGCUGCCCGAUGCGGGUUCGAUUGUGAGCGAAUGUGGCGCGAAGACGCUCUUCUCACGGCCAGUUCUGCUUAUGUUGCACGCUAUUUCAUUGUGUGUCUACUUAUUCGAUUAUUGGCAUGGUAGGAAAUGACUGCUGUACAACAAGGUUGAGUCGGCAGCAAUUGCCAGUGUACCAGCGCCAUACUGGUGCCGUGCCAGCGACCGCGUGGUCGCGCCAAGUAUCGAUCGACAGCGCUGUAACGACACUAGCACGAUGCUGGCACACGGGCAACUUUGAAAGCAGCCCUAAGCAAGAAGGUUGGAUAUCUUGCCCUAAUCAUGUGACCCGAUUGUCCUUCUUUGUGUUUUCCUCACAAAAUGCAUUAUAAAUUAUACGGGUAGAUAGAAUUUGUAGAAAUAAUCAUGUUUGUUUCAUAUUUAUAUGCUAUUAUGUUAUAGAGACCUCAAUGCUGGAUAAAUGUAUCACGAA